CGCGCGCGGCCGCUUAGGGACUCGACGGCGGUAUGACAUUGCCCUUGCUGUGCUCUUAUCGUGUGUGAUAACGACGAACGUUGAAUAGCAAGAGCAGGCUGUUAAUUUUCCAUCUGCGCCUGCAUCUGAUCUAUUACAUUCUACCUAGGCACCUACACCUACGACUUUGCCAUGACUGCCUCGGAGGUGCCACAGUGGCUGCAGGUCGUUAGCGAGAAACGGCUCGGUAGCGAAAAAGCUAUUGACAAAUUCCUGGAGGCAGAUCGAGCUCGCUCCGAGCUCGACACUCCUGGAAGCACCAAAAGCAAUGCCCGAGAUGCUAAGGCCAUCGAUGGUAUCGAUGACACUCUGCAAGCAAUUGCUUCUGGCGCCGUGAGCGCGUCGACGCUAUGUGCUGCCUAUGUGCAUCGGGCAAUCGAUGCUCACAGACGCACAAACUGCCUUACCGAGAUUCUCUUUGAAGGGGCGAUCGAGCAGGCCAAUGCGCUCGACGAACAUUUCAGAAAACAUGGCAAACUCGUGGGACCCUUGCACGGCGUAUGCAUGACCCUAAAGGAUCAAUUCGACGUUGAAGGAUUUGACAGCACGCUGGGCUAUGUUGGGCGUGCUUUCAAACCAGCCACGCAGGACUGUGUUUUGGUGUCACUCCUGAAGCAGCUGGGAGCCAUCAUCAUCGCAAAAUCGAAUCUGCCCCAAUCCAUUAUGUGGUGUGAAACCGACAACCCGCUAUGGGGGCUGACCGUGCAUCCGAGUAAUGCCGAAUUUACCCCUGGAGGUUCGACAGGUGGAGAGGGCGCUCUUUUAUCGCUUCAAGGUACCGUAAUUGGCUGGGGCACGGACAUAGGUGGCAGUAUCAGAAUCCCGUCCCACAUGAAUGGCUUGUACGGGUUGAAGCCGAGUAGCACCCGCCUACCGUACCAGGGCGUAUCUGUGUCCACCGAGGGUCAGGAGCAUGUACCAUCGGUCAUUGGGCCGAUGAGUCGGUGCAUUGACUCUCUCGUUGCUGUCACUAAGGCUGUCGUCGAUGCCACUCCGUGGAACCAUGAUCCAAAAUGCUCUCCCAUAACCUGGCGGUCCGAUAUGUUCGAAGACCUGCAAUCCCGACCUCUGCGCAUCGCUGUCAUGAGAGAUGACGGCGUAGUUCGACCACAUCCCCCAGUGGCACGCGUACUGGAGGAAGUCGCAAGCAGACUUCAGCAAGCUGGCCAUGACAUUAUUAGUUGGAGUCCAGGAAAUUUGCAUCAGGAGUGUAUCGAUAUCAUGGACCAAUACUACACAGCUGACGGAGGCGAGGACAUCAGACGAGAUGUCGAGAGUUGCGGUGAGCCCUUCAUCCCGCACGUCGAGGCCCUAGUGAAUAGGGGGAAGCCAAUCUCAGUUUAUGCAUAUUGGCAACUGAACAAGCAAAAGGCUGCGGCACAGAAGCGAUAUUUGGAGCUUUGGAAGUCGACACGGUGCGCCAAGACUGGAAAAGAGAUUGACAUACUUCUCUGCCCUGUCAUGCCCCACUCCGCAGUCCAACACCGCCAGUGUCGAUGGGUUGGAUACACCAAAGUCUUUAAUUUCAUUGAUUAUCCUGCAGUAGUGAUACCCGCUGGCCAAGUUUCCAAAGAGCUGGACAGCGAGGCAGCGAUGACUAUGGACACGUACGUACCCAGAAACCCGCUGGAUCACUGGAACUGGAACUUGUUCGACGUGGACGCAAUGGACGGUAUGCCUAUCGGCGUGCAGAUUGUCACGCGCCGACUACACGAAGAGAGAGCAUUGGGUGCCGCAAAGAUCAUUGAUGCUUUGCUGAAGAGAUCUCGCUCUUCUGUUGACUGAGACGAUGACCCUCGACAGUUCAUACCAAUCGGUGGAUAAGCGACUUUCAAGCUAACCACCUUAAAUACAGAACUUGCAGUCACAAUAACCACUAGAGCUGAAAUCUGGUUAGAAGCUUACUACAUUAUAAGCGGUAGCAACCUAUAGAGACGCGGUAGUUAUUUGCAUUUUCCUUGCUUUAUCGUUGCAUCCUUAAUUUACUGACGUUCCUGCAAAGUAAGAGUCACUGCCACAACAGAUUGCAGAUUUGAUGAUAUAGAAUGCGAGCUACCGGUACAUGCUUUUACGUUGUAGGAUGAACUGCGGACUAUUGUGUAAAGAUGUAACCCGAGUGUUCCACCACGCAACAGUAGAGAGGGGAAGAUGUAGGAAAACUCUAUAGAAU